AUGGCUGCAACCGUGACCGAGUUCGUUACCAACACGGUGACGAAGACUACAGCUUCGACUUCUGCGACUGCAACACUUCGAGCAACACCGCAGGGCGGUAUUCUGGAAGGCCAGAAUCCUACUCAUUAUGACACCAAAAGUCCCAUCACCCUUUUCAUCAUCCAGGCCGGAAUCAUCAUUAUUUUCUGCCGCCUUCUCCACUGGCCGUUGUCGAAGAUGAAACAGCCCCGAGUUAUUGCUGAAGUCAUAGGCGGAAUCAUGCUUGGACCUACCGUGAUGGGCCGCAUACCUGGAUUCACCGCUGCUAUAUUUCCACCGGCCUCUAUACCUAAUCUCAAUCUGAUCGCAAACUUAGGACUCGUGUUGUUCCUCUUCUUGGUUGGAUUAGAGGUCGAUUUGCGAGUCUUCUUCGGCAACUGGAGAGUUGCGCUGAGUGUCGGUACCGCGGGUAUGAUCUUGCCAUUCGGAUUGGGAUGUGCAAUCGCCUGGGGAUUGUACAACGAGUUCUCAGACGAGGAGGGAAUGGUUCCUAUCAAAUUUCCAGUCUUCAUGCUCUUUAUUGGAAUUGCGAUGGCGAUUACGGCCUUCCCGGUGCUUUGUCGUAUCUUGACUGAACUAAAUCUCCUCAGUACUCCAGUAGGAAUCAUCACACUUUCGGCCGGCGUCAGUAACGAUGUCGUCGGAUGGAUUCUUCUCGCUCUGUGCGUGGCACUGGUCAAUGCUGGUAGUGGACUUACCGCGCUCUGGGUACUGUUGGUUUGCGUCGGGUACGCACUCUUUCUAUUCUUCGCCGUACGACCAGCUUUCCUCUGGUACCUGCGGCGAAGUGGUGCUCUUCAGGACGGACCCUCUCAAUCGGCCGUGGUUCUCACGCUCUUGAUCGUCCUUGGAUCUGCCUUUUUCACAAACGUAAUUGGCGUGCAUGCCAUUUUCGGAGCUUUUAUGGCGGGCCUGAUCUGUCCUCACGAAGGCGGUUUCGCCAUCAAGUUGACCGAGAAGAUUGAAGAUUUGGUCAGCGCUUUGCUGCUUCCGUUGUAUUUUGCGCUUUCCGGCUUGUCCACCAACAUUGGCCUUCUCGACGACGGCAUCACAUGGGCCUAUGUUAUUGGAGUCAUCGCGGUCGCCUUCAUUGCGAAAUUCAUUGGUGGUACCGCAGGUGCUAAGAUCAACGGACUGGUGUGGCGAGAGUCUUUUACGAUCGGUGCCCUGAUGUCCUGUAAAGGUCUGGUUGAGAUCAUUGUGCUCAACAUCGGGCUCCAGGCUCGCAUUUUGAGCACAAGAACAUUCACGAUAUUCGUUGUCAUGGCUCUCACCACCACAUUCGCUACCACUCCGCUCGUUCGAGCACUCUACCCUCCAUGGUAUCAGCGUAAGCUCGAGGCCUGGAAGCGUGGCGAGAUUGAUUGGGACAGUGGUAAUGCAAUGGCUGAGACUGAUAGCGUCGCACUCCAGAAGGAGGAAUCUGCUAAGACCAGGAACCUCCUUUUAUAUGCACGACUGGACAGUAUGCCAACACUCCUGGCGUUUGUCUCGAUGUUGGGUCGAAAGCCGACAGAGAUCACCGAAAAUAUCCAUCCGUCUCGGAAAGGGGCCGACAUUUCAGAACCAGGCCAAGGCUCGCAAAGCGCCAGAUCUGUAUCUGUCCACGCCGUACGCUUGGUGGAAUUGACAGAACGUGGAUCGGCGGUUAUGAAGGUCUCAGAAGUCGACGAAUAUGCCACCUUUGAUCCUGUCAUCAAUGCGUUCCGGAUUCUGGGGCAAUUGUUCGGCCUGGCGGUUUCUGGCGAAGUCACUGUUGUACCACAAGACAGCUUCGCGGACACUCUCGUCAACAAGGCCAAUGAAGAGGCAUCGGACCUCCUCCUCCUGCCAUGGAGCGAGACUGGAAACUUGAGCGAAAAGCCAACUGUAUCUACCGACAACGUCAAAAACAAGCUGUCGAGUGAUACGUACACUGCAUUUGUGCGGAGCACCCUCGACUCCACGCAGUGUGACACGGCAGUGUUUAUCAAUCAGGGCUUUUCAGGGACCUUGAAGCAACGGCCCGCAACUCUCCACCGGGCGCUGAGCGUACACAGUAUACGUAGCCAGCGUGAACACAUCACCACGUCACUGAAUGCUGACCAAAGUCACCACAUAUUCAUGCCAUUUUUUGGCCUGGGAGCAGAUGACCGGGUUGCACUCCGCCUUGUCGUUCAGCUUGCGGAGAACCCUGGGGUAACAGCCACAGUUGUACACUUCGACUCGCCUGACGCCAUCGAAUCGGUGAAGCCGACCAACAACGCCCCUCAGUUGGAGGAGAAGCGACCAGAGCUUGUUUCUGCAACGUCCACGACCUCUCGCUCGACACAAAACGGGAUUGCGGUGUUUUUCGCCGCCAUGCAGCGAUCGAUACCUGCGGACAUGGUCGGCCGGGUGGUUUUCGAGACCAUCAGCUCCACGACGCCGCUCCAGGAUGCUCUUAGAAGAGCCCAGGCAGAGGUUUCUCAGAAUCCACGAAACGGCGGUGAUAUCAUUGUGGCUAAGGGUGCGGAGUAA